AUGUGUUGUAAUGCAUGUCCGUGUAAACGUGGUGGUAAGCUGCCUACCUGCUGUGAGCACUGCUCGCUGGAGAGCAAGAGGCGUCCCGAGGGGCGCGACAGAGUCGAGGUGAAAGACACAGCUUGCAAUACGGAUUGGGAGGAGGAGAGGGAGCUUGGUAACUCGGCGGCUAUUGUGAGGAGAAGGAAGAGGCCGCGGAACAGCAGCUCUCCUCCUGAGGGUGAUAGGGAAUCAGCUGAGGAUGUUUGUCAUCACUUUGGGCCCUGGCGAGGAGAGGUGCCUCCGAGGCCUAUCCCACCAGAGGAUGCUGCUGCACGUGAACGCAUAAGGAGGCCGGAAGGGAGAAGAGCAGGCCGAGCCCUGGGGGGCCAGGCCAACGUGGUGCCAACGCAUGAGCCUGUCCGAGUACUGCAGAGAGAUCAAUACCACAAUUCGCAAACCACUAGUGUGGAGGGUGUUCCCCGAGGAGGUGGGAGUGUUAGCUCAGUAGGAAAUGUGGAGUCCCAACCUGGCGAUGAAUACGGGGCUAGCUACAUGAAUACACUAGAUCCGGAGGCUCAAGAAGUAGAGAGGGCGGACCGUCAUCGUCACCCUGAGGGAAGGGUCGUUCGGUCUGAUCUGCUCCGAAGUGGUCCUGUGGGAGGCCAUCGUAACCCGAGGAGAGAGUCCUCUGAAGAUCCCGACGAGACGGCUAGGCACUUGUCUUUCGAAGAUCCUUCUUUCGAUAUCACCGCUGCUGAGGAACCUGACUUUCCCGACCCUGGUAUAUGUGAUGAUGCGGUUUCUGACAUACCUGGCCCUUCGGAGACGGUAUCAUUCGGGGAUCGUCAUGGGAGGGAGGAGAGGCAUAAGAUGGUGGAUACUUCACUGCAAGUUGGGCCGGAGCUGUAUCGGCCUACUGUGGCGGCUCCGCAUCGGAAGAAGGCUCAGCAUAGGAAGAACAGAGAUCCAGAGAGCAGUGAUGGAACUCUCGAAGAAGAAUUUGAGCAGCACGAGUACGGUAGAGGUGCUCCGAGGUCCACCCGAAGGCCCCCACUUAAUAUUUUGAAGGGCGAGAGAGUCGUGUAUAAGCGGACUGAUAGUGGGAAGGAUCUCAUGAUAGGAGUUCUCUCGAGGCGUAGACAUGAUAACAAAAACGGAGGGAGUAGUGAAGACAUGAAGACCCUUGGGAAUGUGGCGUCUCCUCGGGGGAGGAAUAGGGCCAGUCAGGAGAGCUAUGAUCCGAAUAAAUCUGUAGUACCUCCGGAAUCCACUGUGAUUGACAAGAUUUCCAGUUUGGUGUCGGAGCGAUCUCCUACUAAAGUAGAGCGUGGGAAGAAGCGUGGGAAAAAGAAGGCGACAGCACGAGCAAGGCAGGCCCAGCCCAAAGCCAAGUCCCGGGCUGCCCGGAAGAAGACCGGCGUCAUUAACGCAAAGAGGGGGGCUCAGAGAGUGGCAGCAGCUAAGGCCUCAUCGAAGGGAGCGACCGAGGCUCGAGGGGCCGGCAAGAAAACGCGUGCUGGAAGACCGGAGACGGUUGUGGCGGCCCAUGCUCAUCGUGAGGGCGGCCCGACGUGUGCACAGUACUCUCCGGAGGACAAGUGUUGGAAGAGUGAUGGUACGGACAAGGAGAUUCUUGCUGGUCACAAACUCGUUUCAUAUGCGAAGGACCGCACUAUGAAGAUUUUCAGCGGUGUUAAAUGUGUGGUGCCGCUAGACUCUCAACAUUUUAUGCCCGUGAUUUUCCAGCUCAAGCCGUUCCAGCAGAAGAUGCCAGAGACUGUGUCCGAGGGGAACUCGGCGAUCAUACUGGUGUUAGAAUGUGGGGAGGGUGGCGACAAGGCUGUUGAGGAGUUUCCUAUCUUGCUACACUAUGAAGAUAAAGAGCGGGCUCUUGGCACUGGUGAUUUCUUCAUCGUUCGAGCUGGCAUUACAUAUAGUAUCCAGAAUGAGCACCGGAGUAAGGAGGCUAAGAUUCUUAUGGUACUUCGACAGGACACUGUGGAGGAUUCUGGCUUGAACUCGGACCUUGAGAUCUCAUGAUGAAUCCUGCUUAUGGUGACUAUCGGUGUAUCGUUGUUAUUGGAAUUCAUUUGUCAACUUUGUAUGAUCGGUUGAAUGCAGUAGAGCAUUUUAAUAACAUACCAUGUUGUGAGAUGAGGC